ACACAAACAAGAUCGACAAGAUUAUUAUCUCAAAACUCAUUUUCUUCUCCACAAACAAAAUGGCAUCUUCCAUGAAAUUUCUAUUCGUUCUUGGCCUUGUUCUCCUUAUCGGAGCCGUUGUAGACGGAGCAGGAGAAUGCGGUAAAUCUUCUCCGGACAAUGAGGCGAUGAAGCUAGCUCCAUGUGUAGGCGCGGCUCAGGACGCUAACGCCGCCGUGCCGGGAGGUUGCUGUGCUCAGAUUAAAAGAUUCUCUCAGAAUCCUAAAUGUCUCUGCGCCGUUCUACUCUCCGACACAGCUAAAGCCUCAGGCGUGCAGCCGGAGACUGCUCUUACCAUCCCUAAACGCUGCAACUUCGCUAACCGCCCCAUUGGUUACAAGUGCGGACCAUACACACUUCCAUGAAGUGUUGAGGAAAAUGAUGAAGGAGAUUCAUGGGCUUUGGGAGGAACCUUUGGAGUUUACUACUACAUCUCAAAUGCCUUAUAUGGUACAUGAAUAAAGAUGUAAUGUUUUGUAUAUCAGUAUGAUUGUAACUAAUAACUAUAUCAAUAAUACAUGAAAUGAAUCAAC